AUGAGAGACGACGCUGCAGCAGUGUAUUCCACUACACCCGUCUCUUCGCCGCCGGCCUCAAGUGUUUCUCAGUACAGCAGCAAGAGUCUACUGGACUUACGCCUGAUGCAUCACUACUGCAUCUUCACCGCUCCAGGGUUUGCCGGCACUUUCCCCGAGAAAGUCUUGCAGGCUCUGCAAGUGGAAAUUCCAGCUCUUGCGUGCCGACAUGUGUUCCUCAUGGACGCCAUACUACUCGUCGCCAUGGUUCACCUGUGCUGCACCGACCCUGCAUCUCUGGACAACAUGCCAGUCUAUUAUUAUCGUGACCAGGCACUUAAAUCUCUCCGCCACGCCGUUGCAAACAUUUCAGACGACAGUACUGAUGCCGUCAGAGGUGCAUCGGUGCUGCUCGCGCACAUCUCUUUCGCCACGGAUCGUGUAACGCAGCAGCCGGGCUUGUGGGUGGCCAAUUGGAUGGCGUUGGCUCUAGGGCAGCGUAAUUUCCGGGGCCUGUCCUGGUCGUCAAAUCACCAGUAUGAUGGUCGGGGCAUGUACAGUAGCCGUACCGCACCACAUGGCUCUGCAGACCAUCUCUCUGUCGCUACAAUGAUGCCAUCGGAUAUCCACCGGGCCCUAGCCAGAGAGAACAAUGACGAGAAUCCAGCAUCAGAAUCCGCUCUCCGCACUGCUGCAACCGAGCUUGGCAGAUUAACAACAAUUGUUCAGUUGCCAUACCAGACAAUAGACCUGGAGAAGCAGGUGAAGGCGUGGUCGUUCGAUCUGGUGCCCACCGAGUUUCAUAAAAUGGUCCAACACAGAAACCCUAAAGCUCUGAUUAUUUUAGCAUACUACCUAGUCCUAUUCAAGCUUCUCCCAGAAUCGUGGCUAUAUCAGGACUUGGUAAACCAUGAUAUUGAAGAGAUAGACCAGUUGAUCAGCCCAGAAUGGCAACUAUAUAUGUCUACACCGAGAUUAGCCUUGCAGAUCGACAAUAAGGAAGAAGUGAUACAGUUGCUCGGAAGCAGCUUAUCAAAUGGCAUAGGAGAAUCCGAGAAGAGCUAA